CCGGUUACGUAAGGUAUACAGCUGCCAAUCUGCCAUCUGCCUGCAUUUGUUUUAAACGUUAUGUUCAUAUUUUUUUAUAUUUUUAAAAAAUAAUUUCGAGAUGAAAUAAAGCGUGCAUGCCUCUAUUGUGCUGUGUGGAGCACUGAACAGCCAUUGAUUAUCAAAAUGUUGGCCCGUAAAGGCCUUAUGCCUGAUGGGUUCCUGUUGACUCGACUCGCUGAGGAUGCUGCACAACCCAGUCGCAUCCGGCCAAAGUCACAGAGGGCACGUUUCAUCACCAAGAGUGGCUCGUGUAAUGUUGCCCACAAGAAUAUACGAGAACAGGGGCGAUUUCUCCAGGACGUUUUCACCACCAUGGUGGACCUGAAAUGGCAGCAUUCUCUCCUUAUCUUCACUUCGGCAUUCCUCUGUUCCUGGAUGCUCUUCGCUAUGGUGUGGUGGCUCUUGGCAUUCGCUCAUGGCGACCUAGAGCCUCGAGAUCCCAAUGAGCCCGGACCUGUGCCCUGUGUCACUUCCAUUCACUCUUUCACUUCUGCUUUCCUGUUUUCCAUUGAAGUGCAGGUGACUAUUGGUUUUGGAGGACGAAUGGUGACAGAAGAAUGUCCAUUGGCCAUCAUAGUCCUCAUCAUCCAGAACAUUCUAGGCCUGAUCAUCAAUGCCAUCAUGCUGGGCUGUGUGUUCAUGAAGACAGCUCAAGCCAAUCGGCGAGCAGAGACCCUCAUCUUCUCCCGUAACGCUGUUAUCGCCCCACGCAAUGGCAGACCCACGUUCAUGUUCCGUGUCGGGGACCUGAGAAAAAGCAUGAUCAUCUCAGCCACGAUACAGCUACAGGUAAUACGACGGACGGUAACAGCAGAAGGCGAGGUGAUUCCUGUCUGUCAGCUAGAUGUCCAGGUGGAAAACCCUCUCAGAAGCAACGGCAUAUUCCUCGUCUCUCCACUAAUAAUCAGUCACACCAUUGACAGAGGAAGCCCUCUGUAUGAGGUCUCAGCACAGUCACUGGCUACUGAAGACCUUGAGAUCAUUGUCAUUUUGGAAGGUGUUGUGGAGACCACUGGAAUCACAAUGCAGGCGCGCACAUCCUACACGCCUGAGGAGAUCUUUUGGGGACGUCGCUUCGUCUCCAUUAUGACUGAGGAAGAUGGGCGCUACUCAGUCGACUACUCCAAAUUUGGGAAUACUGUCCCCGUUCGAAUGCCAGCUCUAAGCGCUAAGGAGCUGGACCAGACUAGGGGCGUGCAGGACAGUGGACCCCAUGAGGGCAAACCCCAGGGCUGGGGGCUGGUGAGGGCAGGGCGAGGUGGGUACAGAAGGGGUGGGGGCAGGGCCUGCGAUGACAUGGCAGCCAAGCCGUGGUAUGUGCUGGCUGAUAAAAAUGAGGACAAAGAAGGAAAGGAGAAGAAAGGUCAAAAGAAAACAGUGAAACUUGAGGAGAUAGGCAGAGAGAUUGAAGAGGAGAUGAUGGAGGACAUGAGUGAUUAAAGAGAAAGAACAUAAGUGAUAUUUGCAACAUGGUCAUAGAAAUGGUGACUAGUUCAUGUAAUAUUCAAACAAAUUACAAAUCUUAAAGUUUUUAAUUAUCUUUAUAAUAUACAUGUUUUGCAACUGUCAAAACAUGGGCAAAUGCUGUAUUGUUUGUUACGACACUGGAAUUUUUUUUCUCAUUUCUUGUCAAUUUUGUACUGUUUACCUUACAACUAAUAAUGAAUUUCAGGGUUGUUUUAACAAGAGUGUCCCCGCUCUUUUUCCAGGGUAUCUUGGCAGUACUAGUUAAGCCAUAGCUGUCCCUGCUGAAGCAAAUAUGAGGCAGCUGAAUUUGUUUGUAUGUUGGUUUUUGAUAGCACAAACCUUUUUAAAAUGUCUGUAUUUAUUUUACCUUUUAUGUUUUCAUCUUAUUUUAUGACGUGACUGAUUAUGUGAUCAUUUUUGUUUUCAGUGUGGCUGUUGUAUUGACAUUGUGUGUGUUAACAUUGUAUUGUGGACUUGUGCAGUUGUGUGUUGUAAACUAGACAACCUAGUUGUUGCUGUGUUUUUGUCCUCAAUCGUGGUUUACUGCUGUAAACCUACUGGGUAACCUAACCCCAACCUAACCUCAAUGACAAUUAAAUAAUACAGUACAUGUUUAUUUAACUGUUACCAUAUCAGUGGGUUAAUUUAUUUAGUGUAUUUCAUGUAUUUAAUAAAGUGUAUGAUAUUUUAUAUCUGAGUGAAGGAACUCCCAGAGUUGUUUUUACUGUUUGGAAAACAAUGUGUUAUAUCACAGGAUUAGUGGUCGACAGCUGGGUAAACUCUACUGUUUGAGAUUAGAGAGACCGCUUUUCCAUUUACAAGAGAUGUCUAUAUAGUCACUGUGAACAUGUAAUGAAAUCAGCCAAAAUAAAUUUCUAAGAAUAGACAUAUUAGUGUUUGGCACCUACAGAGCCACACUGGACAACCCAAAAUAUAGCGAUGGCCUGAAUGUAUUCAUGCUUUUCUUUUUAACUCAAUGUAACAUUUCUUUUAACUCCAUUUUUCUGUUGCAUUGAUGUUUGGUGCAGGGAACAGUAAAAUGUGAAAUGUAAAGAGUUAAAAAGGAGCUGUCCAUGGUGCUGAAUUGACCCUUAUGUUGCAUGUGAUUUUAAACUGUACAUUUAAAUUGAUUAGGUUUCCUUCUAUGUUGUAACAGUCACUGACUGUCACAAGGUUUAUUCAUUGCAAUUAUGGUUGAUAUAUUCUUCCUAGCCACUAGGGGGACACAAGAGCGUACUCUGUAUGGUAUAAAACAGGAAGUAGUAGAGUAAGUGCUAGGGUCUGUUGGAUGCUGCCACAUGGUUGUCUGCAACCUGUUUUCCAAUCCUGUUUGAGAAACUGUUUUUCCUGCUCAAACAGGAUUUGUUUAUGAUGUAGCUCUUGCUCAUCGGCUGUUGCUACCUCUACGCGUUUACAGACAAACACACUUAUAUUGCUAAAGCAACUCGUUCGUUUGGUAUGAAACCUUGCAACUCACCAAACACCUAAACAAAGGACAACAAUCGACUUCAUCAUCAUGAUGAUUUGGGUUUGUGGAUAAUGAAUGUGUAAAUACUUUGAGUACAUGCUGAAAGAAACACCACUCUUGUUUGUUCAAGUAUUUAUUUAGUAAUAGACCUCUUUCAACUUAGAUCAAUUUAAGUAUUUGCACAAAAAGUGAUUCCCCC